AUUUGAAUUCUCUUUAGUUGAGAUUCUAUAUCUGUCAAGUGUAGUGAAUCUUUUAUUCUUGUUUGAGAUGUUGCAUUAGAAUAAGUAGCAUAUCAGAUUGUUAACAGAGAAGUUAUAUAAUAAAAUAAUAUUAUUAUUCAUACAGAUUUCAUCAAAAUGUUUGCAUUUCAACUCAGAAAAUUUUCUUGUGGAAGCUGUAAAUUUUCUCCUAGAGCACGCUCUUUAGCUAUUGGAUGGUUUAAUUUUGUCUCCUCUAUAGAAAGCAGAGGCAAGGCAGAGAAUCGGCAAUGCUGUGUUCUCCUAUUCUUUAUUGAUUGAUACAACAAGUACAUCGUCAUCAAAAAUGAUAGAGAAAGAAAACUGAUAUGUUUCAUUCCACUCGUGGCUAUUGUAUGGUAUGCUAUGACCGGAGCUGAAGGUCUUGACAGAUUUCUUUACAAUACGGCAGAUCUCAGCUCUACAAAGGUAGAAUACGUAAAAGCUGUAGCAGGAUUUGAAAAUGCUCGAUCUCUAGUAAGCGACAUAAAAUACAAUGAAGUGAAAUAUAAACAAGCUCGAGAUAAGGCCACUUGGAACAGCCAAGAAGAUGAUAUAUUUAAAAAUUUCGACGAUCCUUUGUGGGAUCAUUGGAGGGAGUUGAGACCUAAAACCAUACUGAGUGAUAUAAUUUGUGAUGGAGGUCUUCUAAAAUUUGUAUACAGAGUUCUAUUUGUGGCCGGGGGAGAUUCAAUUUUCUUCUUAGUUUUUAUUGGAACAAUUCUCGGGAUUGGCGUGGUUUUUAAUGGGUUGUUGCUUAUUGGAGCUCAUAUUAAUAAUGUAACUCACAUGGCGGCUUGGGUAGCUUACCAGAGAUUUAUUUUCAUCCUAGAUCUGAUUCUACUGUUGAUUACAGUAUAUUAUUCACAAUCACCCCUUUUGACUUUCAUUCAAACUUUGAGAAUGAUUUUCGGGUUGUGGUGUAUUGGCACUGUCAACAGAAAUAUUAGAAGCUUCACUUCAGAACCAAAAAUUAUGGAGGCUCCAGUUUUCAGCAUAAAUACAAAUCCAUUGAAGAUUGAUACGGUACAUGAAAAUGUAUACGGUAUUAAAAAGAACUUUUACAUUUCAUGUAGGAAAAGAAUUCACAUAGUAAGCAAUAUAAGAUUUACAUUGAACUAUCUGCAUUAAUGUUAUUUAUUUAAUUUUUGGUAAUUUUAUUUAUUGUAUAGCACUCUAUUAUCCAUUGUUUAUUUGAUUGUGUUAAGAGAAAUACCUAUUUUAUAAAAAAACUUCUACAUUUCAUGUGUAUGAGAAGAAUAUGCAUAGUACAGUAAGAUUGACUUUAAAAUUUCUCCAUUGAUGUUAUUAUUUAUUCAUUCCUAACUCAUGUGCUAAAAGGGGAUGAGGGUGGUUUAGAAGUUGCAUUUUCUGCGUUUUGCUUCCACGCUCAUAUCUUGGGAACAAUGCAUUUAACCGUCAUAACUAACCAUUCGAAAAUGAAGCUUGAUAAAUUCUCUACACUUUUUGUAUAGUGAAAUUUUGUGAUGUUCCCAACAGUAAGAGAGAUAUUC